AUGACUGAAGCCUCUCAGCACAACGAGACCGAUGAGCUCGUCCGCUCCGACGACCCUCUCCACCCAGCAAACCACAUCAGCGACCUCUGCCGCCGAUUUCACACACUGGGCUGGGUGACAGGCACAGGUGGUGGUGUGAGCAUACGUCAUGGCGAUCACAUAUAUCUCGCACCGUCAGGUGUUCAGAAGGAGAUGAUGCAACCAACAGAUAUGUUUGUUAUGGACUAUGAGACCAAGGAAUAUCUCCGGCGGCCGAAGGUUCUGAAGCCCUCAGCCUGUACACCUCUCUUCCUCGCAGCGUAUACACAUCGUAAUGCCGGCUGCUGUAUACACACUCACUCGCAAUGGGCCGUGCUGAUAACACUAAUCUGCGAAUCUGGUCUGCAAAAACCCAGCGAACGAAACGUCUUCUCCAUCAAGGAGAUCGAGCAGAUCAAAGGCAUCUCGCGUGGUGGCUCUGGUAGUGACGAAGUUGCAGAAGGCGGUCGUAAGCUGGGGAACUUGGGGUAUCAUGAUACGAUGAUGAUUCCUAUCAUUGAGAACACGGCUCAUGAGGAGGAUCUAAAGGACACGCUGCAGAAGGCUAUUGAGGAGUGGCCGGAGACUUGUGCUGUGCUUGUCAAGCGCCACGGGGUCUAUGUCUGGGGCAAGGAUGUUGCGCAGGCAAAGACGCAGGCGGAGAGUCUGGAUUACCUGUUCCAAUUGGCGGUGGAGAUGCAUAAGCUGGGUCUGAAGUGGGUGAGCUAG